AUGUCUGCUGUGGGUAUUCGUGGUGAAAGAGAUCAAGGUUAAGAUGUUCGUACAAGUAAUGUAACUGCCGUCAUGGCCAUUGCGAAUGUAGUCAAAACAAGUCUUGGACCAUAAGGAUUGGAUAAGAUGCUCGUAGAUGAAAUUGGGGAUGUUGUAAUCACAAAUGAUGGAGCUACUAUCCUAAAACAAUUGGAAGUUGAGCAUCCUGCUGCCAAGGUCAUUGUUGAAUUGAGUCAAUUGUAAGAUAAGGAAGUUGGGGAUGGCACUACAUCAGUUGUUAUUUUAGCUGCUGAAUUGCUUAAGCGAGCUAAUGAAUUAAUCAAAAUUAAAGUGCAUCCUACCACUAUUAUAUCCGGUUACAAAUUAGCUGCUAGGUAAGCAGUCAAAUAUAUUCAAUCUCAUCUAGUGCACAAAAUCACAGAGGAUGACACUGAGAUUCUAUUGAAUGCUGCCAAGACUUCGAUGAAUAGUAAAAUUAUUGGUUCCGAGAGUCACAUCUUUGCUAAAUUGGCCGUCGACGCUGUUAGACUUAUCAAAACUUAAGGUUACAUAACUGGAAAACCUAAGUAUCCUAUUCAAUCUAUAAAUGUUGUUAAAAGUCAUGGACAAUCCUCUAAUUAAUCUGAAUUGGUUCGAGGAUAUGUUCUUUAAACAUAAAGAGCCUCACAACAAAUGGUAACAAAAGUAAAGAAUGCCAAAGUUGCAUGUUUAGAUAUCAAUUUAAAUAAAUUCAAAAUGUAGAUGGGUGUUUAAAUCUUGGUUGAUGACCCUAACAAUUUAGAGAAAAUUAGAAAGAAGGAAAUGGAUGUUUUGAAAGAAAGAAUUCAUUUAUUGUUAUCAGCAGGAGCCAAUGUAAUCUUAACUUCAAAGGGAAUGGACGAUUUAGCUAAUAAAUAUUUAGUAGAAGCAGGAGCUAUUGGAUUGAGAAGAGUUCCCAAAGAACAUUUAAGAAGGAUUGCUAGAGCAACAGGGGCAAAGAUCAUAACUACCUUUGCAAAUGAAGAAACAGGAGAGUCAUUUGAUGUUUCUAGUCUAGGAGAAGCUGAAGAAGUGUAUGAAGAAGCUAUAGGAGACAAUGAUUAUAUAUUUUUCAAGGGAAUGAAAAAGGAAUAAUCAGCCAGUAUUAUUCUCAGGGGAGCCAAUGAAAUGAUGACUGAUGAAAUAGAGAGAUCAAUGCACGAUUCAUUUUGUGUUGUUAAAAGAACCUUGGAAUCUGGUUCAGUUGUAGCUGGUGGUGGAGCUGUUGAAAUGGCUUUAAGCAUUUAUUUGGAUGAUUUCUCAAGAACUCUGGAUACAGUUGAACAAAUCGCUGUUGCUGAGUUCGCUGAAGCAUUGACUGCUAUUCCAAAGAUAUUAGCUACUAAUGCAGCCAAGGAUUCAAUAGAAUUAAUCAGCAAGUUAAGAGUUUUACAUAGCAAAUCUCAAUCAAUCAAAAUAGAUGAAAAGGGAUUUAAGUACAGUGGCUUAGAUCUAAUCAAAGGAGAAGUGAGACAUAAUCUAAAGCAUGGCAUUCUUGAACCAACUGUGAGUAAAGUGAAAGCAAUAAAAUUUGCCACAGAGGCUGCCAUAACUAUCUUGAGAAUUGAUGACAUGAUUAAAUUAGAACCAAAGAAGGAGUAAAUGCCAGGAAGACAUUGA